AUGCCAUUCCCGACCAAGCCCAGGAAGCACAGAGAACUCGGCGGGGCACUGGAGCGCUUCUUAGUUGAUCUGUAUGGAAGUCAAGCAACACCGACGUCAUCUAUUGAUCUUGAGCGGCUAGAAUCGCCGUACUUAAACAAAGCUUUUGAGCAAAGUUCAAUGUCGUCCAGGUCGUCCAACUGCUCGAAAAUCUCGAAAACGAGUUCCAGGAACUCGUCGAGGAGGUCCUCCCGCGCCGCUUCGGUUGCCUCCUCUAAAUCACUCAACUCGACCAUUUUGUCAGACACCACGCUGUUGCCGGACUCGAUCAUUUCCUCUUCAAGUACAAUAGAUCGUUUGCGCCCGUAUUCUGCCCAGAACCGAUCUCGAAUCUCGCGGCCGACUUCCGGGAGACGACCGUACUCGGCAGGUGGAAGGAAAACCCCUCUGUACAUGCGAUCAACCGCUACUGGCAUUCGAUGCACUGUCGUCAAGAGUGACGAUCGCUCCCGCUUCGCCACACUUUGCGUGUCUAGCAUGCUGCAGUUGCUUGAUGAAGCCACCCAGAAGCUGAAGAUGACGCUUCCUGCUCGGCACGCCUUCCUCGGCGACGGUAGCGAGGUCAAAUCGGUGCUGGAGAUUCCCCGUGACGAGCCGGUCUUUGUGACGAGCUCGGCAAAAUCUGCGAAUCCAAAGAAAGCAGCACGCAUUGCCAAAAACCAAGUCGAGGCAACAAAACGCUUAUCGGGCUAUAACAGCAAAACGAAAGUUCGAGUGUGCGCCAACGGCUCGGGACGUGUCACUUAUGUCCUUGUCAGCAAAUCUCAGUUCCAGCCGGAAAGUAUGGCUCCCGACGCCCUCGAAAAGCUUUUUGUCGACGUCCAAUCUAGCCUGAACCUGCCGGUGAAAGUAAAAGCGCUCUACAAGUGGAACGGAAAGAGGAUUAAAUCACCGCAUGAAGUGCUGGAAAGCCAGGAGCCUCUUUGGGCAACAACUGGGGCUGAUGCUUUUCUGUCUAUCGGCCCCUUGCAGUGGUACAGAUGCUGUCUCAAGAAAGUCGAUAACGAAAUAAAAGAAAAGGACGAAGAAGACCAGCUCCUAAAAAAGAAAAGAAGAGCACUUAUUGACAGAAUUAAAAAGCUUGAAACAAGGAGUAAUGAAGAAGAGGAACGAGGUGCCGAUCAUCGUCUCAAGAAUAUUCCAGUUGUACAUAAAGAUCAUCGUCUAGUUAGCUCUUCAAGUUCCUUCAAGCUGCGAAUCUAUGAAAACGGCGCAGAAGACAUUCUCCUCGUUGUUGUUGUCAAUUUUGACCAGUUGCACAAAGAAGGAACCAGAUGCCCUGAAAAUGAUGGCUUGCAGCUUCUGAUGCAAAAUAUUUCGGAUAAACUCUACGAAUCAAAACAGAAGCGAUACAAAAUAAAGAAGCUUUUCAAUUCCCAAGGAAUUCGACUGACAGAACUGGAAGAGAUCGAAAAAGACAUGGAAAUCUGGAUCUCAGAUGGAGAGCCUUUCAUCACCGCCGAAACUGAAAAGAUCGUGCUUGAUGUUCAGCAAGUUCGAGCACUUGACGAAGAUGGCGAGCUUUAUUUGCUGGAAGAAGGCAGAAUUCAAGAUCCAAAGGAGGAGCUUCCGAACGCCUCGAUCAAGAACUGGACACCAGUCAAAGGUGUCGACUUUUAUGACUUCGAAGAUCUGGAAAGCAAGGCUGAUGUGGCACCUGAUAUCAGACAUAAGAUUCAGCAACAGGAAGAAGCUGUGAAUGCCGAAAAUACAUUCUUGCGUCACGAAAACGCUUUAUUGAGCUGUCACGUGACUGUCCGAGAAAGUGUGCCCAUUUGGCCUCAAAAAGCUAACCUCUGGCGAGUGCGACCAAGCACGCCAAUAAACGGCACCUUCCGCGGGAACGUUUUCGUCAUUCUCGCGUUCAACUCACCUAAACUCGCCUUGACGAUCAACGGAGAUCACUCAGUGACCUUGAAAUACAUCAGCGAAGAAGACGAUGAUCCUUGUCAGACCUGGAUUUUCACGUCGACGGGGCGCAUCAAGAAUCUAUUCACUGGUGACAAGUGUCUAUCUAAAACCGACUCCGGCGCGUUAAUGAUGCUUGAGCCUGGGGAAGUGUCGAAGAGCUACCAGACUUGGGCAAUCCAAGAACCUCAAGGCUCCUCAACUCAGUGGGACAAAACAGGCAACGCAUUCUAUCGACGAAAAGCGCUCUGCUGGCCCAUCUCCUCUCACGAACAGAUGUGUCAGUACCGCUGGCCAGUUGUUGGGGAAUUAUUUACAAACGUACACUACAAGAAAAUCAAGGAAGAGAGCGAAAACUACUCGGACGCAGAAGAAAAGCGCAUUCGUGUGAUUUUGAACGAAAACCACAACGAGUCCAAAUGGCUCACUAUCAGACCUGAUACGAAUCUCCACAGCUUCUUUACUGCCGAAAUGGAACUAAAAAGACCUGUUCGAAGAAUAUGGCCUCUGGAUGGCACUCAAAGCGAUCUUGUCAGUAAAUACGAUCAAGUUGAAUCGCGAAGUACUCUCGUCUUGUGCACAAGGAAUAUUCCCAAGAAGAUGAGUGCAGAAGCGCUUGAAGCUAAUCUUAGCAGUCUGCGGUACGACAAGAAUCUGAUCAAAAAGUUCAUCGAGACUCGGGAUAUUCUUGGAAAGGAGAUGUUCGUCACGGCGGACCGGGUUAAAAAUGGAAGUGCAGUUGUCCUGAAGCCAAAGAAUCGCCAGUUUCAUGAGCGUCUUUCAUUUGAGGAAAAAGAGAGGAAGAAUGCCGCGCGCUGGAAUGAUGGUGAAGUAGAAACGGUCGAAGAAGAGCCAGAAAUCAGCAAUCAACAGUUUUUGAUGGAAAGAAGCGGCCACAUUGUUGCCAAGCAAAACAGGAAGCUCGUGCUGGCGACAGAAAAGGGCAGAAAAGUAGAACGAGGCUUGCAGGUCAUUAUGCAGGCAAAAUCGUCGGACGAAGCGGGGCAGAUUUGGGAACGUCACGGCGCUGCUAUUCGCAAUGUCGUCAAUCCUGAUCUCGUCUUGACCGCUGUGAACAACCGACUGGUUCUAGAUAAGAAGGCGAAAAACGAUUUUGGCUCGAUCCACCAGAAAUUCGAAUUCGACAAGAACGGAGGGAUCCGAGUAGCAGUUGGAGACAGCAAAGAGCUCGACCUCACCGCGGCGGUUAAUACUGGAAUUUGUACGUAUUGCAUUUGUGCAAAUGAGGAGCUCCAGCAGUUUGGAUAUUUAGAAGACGGAAUGCAUUUCUGCCAAAUUUGCGCUCCGCUCGUUCCAGGAGUUCCUUCUUCGCAGCGAAUGAAAGUGAACCGCGCUUUCUUGUGUUCGAUGGGCGAGGCUGAACUGAACCAGCAUUCGCUGAGGAUUUCGCCUUUUCGCUACAUCAACAGACCUCGUUUGGACGGAGAAAAUGCGCUAAAGGCGCUGCAAGAAGUCUCCGAUCUCCUCAAACAAGCCGAAGAUCAAGUCAGCACAGAUACCGGCAAUAUUAAGCUGAAAUUGUACCGGAACCACACUUCUGAAAGCAACCUGACUGUAGUUGCGCGCUCACUCGAUGCUGUUCGGCUUCUUGGAGAAAGACACUUUUCGUUCAUUGUCAAAAGAAUGUACUUUUCAAACGGAAAAUGCAUUUUCGACUGGGCUCAAAUAAAACGAGCAGCUGAAAAAUGUGAGCUCGUAGAAGUGUGGCUGAGUGCAGGCGCGCCAUUUUCAAAGACGUCAACGACUGAAAACACGACCGAGUUCUUGAAAAUCACCGAAACCUCCGACCUCUAUUCGCAAGGCAGUAGUUGGAAGAGGGUGGCAGUUACGCUAGACAAGAAGUCCUCGAAUAGCGCGACUGUUAUUCUUCAGGGAAGGAAUAUGUUGGAACUCAUGAACUCUGCGACGCAGCUCUUGAAAACUAAUUAUCCAGUGGAAGCUCUCAUCGCCGAGGACGGACGAGUUUUUUCGGCGGACGAAGAUUUCGAAAAUCUUCCAGAGUCGAAGAGCGUCAAAGAAGCACGCGAAUCGAACAUCCUAGAAGUCAAAUACAAAUUCAAACUCGACCCUUCGGAACGAAAGACUUCGCGAAAUCACGAACUCAACAAGAAGAAAUGA